CUCCACUGUCACACCACACGCGUGCAUAUGUGGUAGCCGCGCAGUGUUAUUGUUCUCUCCACCACUCACUCCUUUGUCGACAGCAGCUGAUCCGGCGUGUCUUACUGAGAAAAUUUAGCAUCGCUGAGUCUCCUCAAUGGCACAAGAAAAGAGACGGGAACAACUCUAACUCGCUGGAGGUGGAGUACUAGUAUAAUACGGAGUAUAAAAUGCCGCUAACGUUGCAACUCGUUGGUGCAUGCCCAGCAAGUCCGGAUCUUGCUGCACCGGCAAUGGAUCAGGCCGCCUCCUACUCCACCACCACCACGCCCCUGCUGCUGAUCCUCGGCUCCCUCACGCUCGCGGUCUCGCUGUUCGUGCUGAUUGGUCGCAGCAGCCAUGGACGCGGGAAGGCGGGGCUCCCGCCCGGCCCGCCGGCGCUGCUCUUCCUCGCCAAGUUCGUCGCGCUCCGCCGGUCCAUAUUCGACCUGGGCCCGCUGCUCGUCGACCUUCACGCGCGCCACGGCCCCGUCAUCUCCGUGCGCCUCUUCCGCACGCUCGUCUUCGUCGCCGACCGCAAGCUGGCCCACCGCGCGCUCGUCCAGGGCGGCGCCACCUUCGCCGACAGGCCGCCGCCGGUCGACCCUGUCCGCAUGUUCACUUCCGGGGGACGUGACAUCAGCUCCUCCUCCUACGGGCCGUACUGGCGCCUCCUCCGCCGGAACCUCGCCGGGGAGGCGCUCAGCCCUGCCCGUGUUGGUCUCUUCGCGCCGGCGAGGAGGUGGGCGUGCGACGGCCUCGUCUCCAGCCUCCUCAGCGAGCAGCAAUCGCAGCGCCAGGACGCCGUGACGCUCAGGCCGCUCCUGCGCCGGGCCAUGUUCGAGCUGCUCGUGUACAUGUGCUUCGGCGCACGGCUCGGACGGGAAACGCUCGACGAGGUGGAGGAGCUGCAGCACCAGGCGCUACUCUCGGUCACCACAUUCCCGGUCUUCGCCUUCUUCCCGGCGGUCACUAAGAGACUCUUCGGCAGACGCUGGGCGGCGUGCCUCGCUGUGCGCAGGAGGCAGGACGAGGUAUUCGUCCCGCUCAUCCACGCGAAGCGCGGCGACGGUGACCCGCCGUGCUACGCCGACUCCCUCCUCGCCGUCCGCGUGGCCGAUGAGGGCGGCCGCCAGCUCACUGACGCCGAGAUGGUCGCCCUCUGCUCCGAGUUCAUGAACGGUGGAACAGAUACCACGGUGACCUUGCUGGAGUGGAUCGUGGCCGAGCUCGUGCAACACCCCGACGUCCAGACCAAGGUCUACGAGGAGGUGAAAGCUAAUCCAGAGCUCAACAACCUGCAGGCAAUGCCGUACCUGAAGGCCGUCGUGCUCGAGGGCCUUCGGCUGCACCCGCCAGGCCACUUCGUCCUCCCGCACGGCGUGCAGAGCGGCGACGCGGAGAUCGCGGCCUACGCGGUGCCCAAGGGAGCGGAGGUCAACUUCCUGGUAGCGGAGAUUGGCCGCGACGAGACUGUGUGGACGGCGGCGCGGGAGUUCCGUCCGGAGAGGUUCCUGGAGGGCGGCGAGGGGCACGGAGUGGACAUCACGGGGAGCAGGGAGAUCAAGAUGAUGCCUUUCGGCGCAGGGCGCAGGAUGUGCCCGGGGUACACGCUGGGCAUGCACCACGCCGAGUACUUCGUGGCGAGAAUGGUGAGGGAGCUGGAGUGGCGGCCGGCAGCGGAGGGGGCGAAGGUGGACAUGGCGGAGACGCUCGAUUUCACCACCGUGAUGAAGCACCCGCUCCGUGCGCUCAUCGUCUCCAGAAGCUAACGAUUUCCCACGCAGAAUGCAACCUCUCGACAUAUGAGUCGAAGAAUACGUCGACGCAACUUUUUUAUGGCGUUUAAAAGUAUUUGAGUUUUUAAUUUGUACUCUACUUACUAAAUCAAACAUAUUAAGGUUUGAUCAUGUCUAUAAAAAAUACACCAACAUCUGCAACA